GAUAAACUUUACUGACAACACAUAGUAGCCAGGCAUGCUGUGCAACAUUUAGUACUCUGGGAUGUUUGAAGUGCGAAACUUUUGAGCAGCUAGAAGUUAAAAGGACAACGGUUUAACUCAUGGAUUAUGAGCCGAUCAUCUUUUUGCUCACAGGAGCACUGUUCAGUAUUACUUCUGCCCAGACACACCAGUACCACUUUGUGAACGUGGCACUGAACUGGACUGAAGCUCAGAGCUUCUGCAGACAGAUCCACACAGACCUGGCCACCAUAGAAAACACAGCGGACAUCAGUGCUGUUAACUUAACAACAUCGAGCUACGCAGGCCAGGCUUGGAUUGGUCUCCAUGAUGAUUUGGUAAGCAGCUGGAGAUGGUCCCUAAAUAACAGCAGCUUCUAUGGUGAAGGAGAGCCAGAGUUUAGAAACUGGGAUUCUGAACAGCCUGAUAAUCUUGGUGGACAACAGUACUGCGUGGAAUUAUUUGGUCAACGGAUCCGCAUGGGCAAAUGGGGAGACCUUGACUGCAACGUCACACGACCCUUUGUGUGUUAUAAUGGCAUGGUAAACGGCGCACCAUCCUUUGUCAGGGUUAGCAGGUCUUUGAAUUGGGCCGCAGCUCAGAAAUUCUGCAGGGAGAAUUAUGUUGAUCUAGCCAGUAUAAGGAAUGAAACAGAAAAUGCCAUUGUCACAAGCACAACUCCUGGGACCUCCGUGUGGAUCGGUCUACACCGGGAAAAAGUGUGGUCUGACGGGAGCACCUCUCAGUUUCGACACUGGGCUAGUGGGCAACCAAACUCUGCUGGAGCCCAAUGUGUUGCCGCAGCAUUCAAUGAAUCAGGACGAUGGAUGGAUCAUGAUUGUUCCUUCAGGAUCCCAUUCAUCUGUUUCUCAACAAAUCUACCAAAUGCAGACGGCUUCAGAUCAACCGGACAAAAUGACACCAGUGUCACUCUGCAGUGGAAUAAAGUGAACAACAGUGUCAGCUUCAUUCUGCAGUUUAAUGGUAGAGAGAUAAACAUCAGUGCAGCAGGUGGAGAUGGACCAGUGACUCACACAGUCUCAUCCCUCACUGCUGGAACUACAUACACCAUCACUCUCUUCUCUGUGUUUGAGAACGUCAGAAGCAGUGGAGUCAACAUCACUGCAGUCACUGCUCCUCUAAACACAGACAGCUUCAGAUCAACCGCACAAAAUUACACCAGUGUCACUCUGCAGUGGAAUGAAGUGAACAACAGUGUCAGCUUCAUUCUCCAGUUUAAUGGUAGAGAGAUAAACAUCAGUGCAGCAGGUGGAGGUGGGUCAGUGACUCACACAGUCUCAUCCCUCACUGCUGGAACUACAUACACAUUCACUCUCUUCUCUGUGUUUGAGAACGUCAGAAGCAGUGGAGUCAACAUCACUGCAGUCACUGGGCCUCAUUAUGUUAUUGGGUUGAACAUGAACUUGAAGUCAUUGAUUGAGCUGUCGGAGUGGGACAUAGAGCAUGCAGUGUUGGAGCUCCUCAGACAAUUUGGAUUGCCAGAGUCGUCUGUGAAGGUUCGGUGGCCGUUAAAAAAUGAGACCAAGUGGAGGAAGGAAAAGAUGGAGGAUGGUUCUGCACAGUAAAAGCUUAUUGUCAUUUUAAAUAGGCUUUUCUAGGAUUUUAGAGAUGCUGUGAUGGUUGAGGAUUUUUUUGACUAUGUUUUACUUUACACACUUCAUGUAGAUGUUAUAGUCUCAGGGCUCAUUCUCAAAACCAUGCGUAUUGUAGGAUGGGAAUAUAUCCCUGUAUAGAAUGGGUUAUAGCUUUGUGAAUUUCUGUUUAUGUUACACUAUUUUGAUGAUGUGUGUGAAGAUAUGCACUGUAAUGUAUUCCUUGAAAUAAAGGAGUGGUGAA